GAGACGGCCGGCCUGGACUCCAGUCCUUUCAGCCCUGCGACGGCAGGCGCGUGUGAAGAAGCAGCUUUUCUCGUACGUGAACUGACGGCGGCGGUAGCGCCUUCGCUAUCCCCCCUCGCGCCCUUGCGGAGACGGAGGGCGCAGGAGGAGGACGAGGAGGCGGGGGGGAAACUGCAACGCCUGGAGCAGCAGCAGCGAGAGGAGGAGGAGGAGGAGGAAGUAGCGGCGACCGACGAGAAGGGAGCUUGGCGGAGGCGGAGCCGGCGCUUGAGCCCGGCCGGCCUGGACUCGGCUCAUUACGACGGCCGCCACCAGCAGCAGCAGCAGCGUUUGGCUGCCUUCGGAAAUGGCUCUUGCAAGUUAAUGAGUCUGGAUAAGACGCGUCAAUGUGGAAGCAUCGGCUUCGUAUUUUUUAGGGACAGAUCUCUGGUACACUCGAGAAUAAACAAAAUCCCUACCCGAAUUGCUGCAUUUCAUAAUGAAGAAAAUUAGUCUGAAGACCAUUCGUAAAUCUUUUAACUUAAAUAAAAGCAAAGAUGACAGUGACUUUGUUGUAGUUGCACAGCCAUCAUUAAAUGAUUUUGGAAAUGAUGACUCCUUGUUUGCUAGCUGUUAUGGUAAAGAUUUGGCUAGCUGUGACAUCAACAGCGAAGAUGAGAAAGGUGGCAAAAACAGAUCAAAGAGUGAAAGUUUAAUGGGUACAUUAAAAAGACGACUUUCAGCAAAACAGAAGCAAAAAGGUGGAAAGGGCAGCACGCCAUCCAUGAGCUCUGCUGAUGAAGAUACUUUUUCUUCUUCUUCUGCGCCAAUAACUUUCAAAGAUGUAAGAGCUCAACGACCUCUUCGGUCCACAUCCCUCCGAAACCACCACUAUAGUCCAACACCAUGGCCCCUCCGGCCGACAAACUCCGAAGAAACAUGUAUAAAAAUGGAAGUGAAAGUAAAGGCCUUGGUCCACUCUUCAAGCCCAAGCCCUGCACUGAAUGGUGUGCGCAAAGAUUUCCAUGACUUGCAGCCAGACAGCAGGUUCCAUGAACAAAACAGUGCAUUCAAAAGUACAGAAUCUCAGAAUGGAGAUUUGCAUCUUCAUAUUGAUGAACAUGUGCCUGUAGUUAUUGGACUUAUGCCUCAGGACUACAUUCAGUACACUGUGCCUUUAGAUGAGGGAAUGUAUCCUUUGGAAGGAUCACGUAGUUACUGUCUGGAUAGUUCCUCACCCAUGGAGGUUUCAACUGUUUCUUCUCAAAUGGGUAGUAGUACAUUUCAUGAAGAAGAGGGUUCAGUGAAUGAAGACGUAGUAGUUGCUCCGGAUAUCUUUGUGGACCAAGCAGUAAACGGUUUAUUGAUUGGUACAACAGGAAUCAUGUUGCAAAGUCCAAGAGUUAAUGAUGUUCCCCCACUCUCACCAUUGCUACCUCCAUUACAGAAUAAUCAAAUCCAAAGGAACUUUAACAGCCUGAAUGGCACAGAUGUCCAUGUGGCUGAAAGUAUGCGCUGCCAUUUGAAUUUUGAUCCUAACUCUGCACCAGGAGUUGCAAGAGUCUAUGAUUCUGUACAAAAUAGUGGCCCAAUGGUUGUAACAAGUCUUACAGAAGAACUUAAAAAAUUGGCAAAACAAGGAUGGUACUGGGGUCCAAUUACACGAUGGGAAGCAGAGGGAAAAUUAGCUAAUGUUCCUGACGGUUCAUUUCUUGUGCGAGACAGUUCUGACGACCGUUACCUUUUGAGUCUGAGUUUCCGUUCUCAUGGUAAAACACUUCAUACUAGAAUUGAGCAUUCAAAUGGUAGGUUUAGCUUUUAUGAACAACCCGAUGUGGAAGGACAUACUUCUAUAGUUGAUCUAAUUGAACACUCGAUUAGGGACUCUGAAAAUGGUGCAUUUUGCUAUUCGAGAUCUCGAUUACCUGGAUCUACAACUUACCCAGUGAGACUGACCAAUCCAGUAUCUCGUUUCAUGCAAGUGCGCUCCUUGCAGUACCUGUGUCGCUUUGUUAUACGUCAGUAUACCAGAAUAGAUCUGAUUCAGAAACUGCCUUUGCCAAACAAAAUGAAGGAUUAUUUACAAGAAAAGCACUACUGAAGGCUUAUGGAAAAUUUGCAGCUUGCACUUUGGGAAUAAUAACAACAACAAAAAUAAAUAAAAGAGUGGUUGAUACACAGUUUACAAACUUAAUUAUUACUAGUUUUGUUUUUGUUUUUGCCGCCAUAAUUUCAUUUUUGUGCAUAAAGAAGAGUAAUGCAUUUUGAAUUUAAUGGAUAUUUGGAGUUUCUUUUUUAAAACAAUGGUCUCAAAAGGUUUUUUUUAGAAGAGUAAAAUAACUAUCUUUCAUUCAGUGUGCAAAAUAAUCACAAUGUGAAUGAUAAAUAUUGUCCUUAAAUUCCCUAUCUCCUUUGCUGCUAAUCCACUGUGAUUUUUUAUGCAUUUGAAGCACAUUUCAUGUGUUUUCAACCAUAAGUAAAAAAAAAAUAUUGAAACUUGAUGGGAUAUAUUUUUUCGUUUUCAAAUAGUCUUUUUUUUUGUUCUGUUCUUAAUUUAAAAAAAGUUUGGGGUAAAAUAUUCUAGUGUACCGAACUUGGAUACAUGCUUAAAACAAUUCCCUAAUAUCUAAUUAAAAACAAAUAACUGUAGGUUGGAGGCAAUAUGUGAUCCAAUACAGUUGUGCAUCGUACAUUUUGAAAGUUUCCUUUCUCCUAAGCAGUUCCAUUAUUGCAGAUGUUGCUUUGUUUUGUUCAUUCUUAAGCAUUUUUAAAUUUGAAAAUAGCCUUUGAAAAAUAUCUGUAAAAUGAAUACUGGAAGUCAUCAAUAAUAUUCACACAAAAGCUAAACAUUUAAAAAUAUUUGAAGGGAUUAUAGAAAUCUGAUUUAAAUAAAACUUCAGGGAAUUUCAAAACUGAGAUUUGUCUCAACUGAAAUUUUUAAAAAUUAUGUAGCAUUGAAUUUAAAAAUACAGGUAAUUCUCAACUUACAACCAAUUUGUUAAGCAGCCUUUUGAAGUUACGACCCUGAAAAUCCUGACUUAUAACUGGUCCUUGACGUUAGUACCACCGUAGCAUCCCCAUGGUCACAUGAUCAAAAUUCGGUUGUUUGGCAUGUAUUCACGACAGUUGGAGCAUCCUGGGGUCAUGUGAACACCAUUUGUGACCCACCCAGCUAGCUUUUGACAAGAAAAGUCAUGGGGGAAGCCAGAUUCAGUUAAUGACCACAUGGUUCACUUAACUGCAGUGAUUCUCUUAAUAACCGUUGCAAAAAAGAUAAUGACAUUGGGCAGAACCUUGCUUAGUAACAGAAAUUCUGAUUCCAAUUGUGGUCGUAAGUCGAGGACGAGCUGUAUCCUGUAAUUACUGCAACAAUUGGAUCUUAAAUAGCUCAACGGGAAUUUAAAUUCCAUUAAUUUUCUUGGAUGAGGUAACCACAUGUAUAAUCUUUUCCCAUGGAAAAUGAUAAGAUUAAGAAGUACUUAACUUUGAUAGAAUAUGGCCUCAGUUUUAAAUGUGCUUUCCUGUAUUGUUCAGUAUUAAUUUGCCAUCAUUAUAAUUUAGUUUAAUUGGCAAGUGAACAGAACCUAAAUUAACCCCCAAAUAUUCUUUAAAUAAAAAUGCACGUUUUAAAAUUGAAGACAGUGACAUUAAGUAGCAAAAUAGUCACCAUAGGAAAUACUCAAGUGCAUUACCACUUUCAUUUCUACAAAUUCUUAUUUGAAAAAAAGGAAAAUCCAUACAAUUUUGGAUACUUGUAACGGGAUAAUCUGCCAGGAACAACAGGAUUUCCACAGCCUCAGUAUAUUGUUUUCUCUCACUUUAGUGGGGUCUGCAUAGGAGAAAUUUCCAAUGAAUUGGAAGGCCUAUAAAUGAGGCUGUUUUACAGCCUGGACCCAGUCUUGAUAAAUGCCUUCACCUCUUUUGAUGAAAAAUUGGGGAAAGUUGAUGUUAAUUGGCUCCACUGCCUUCAGUAGGCUUUAAGUCUGAUGGUGUUGUUUUGUGUAUGUUUUUGUAGGGAAAAAAAUGCCAAUAGGUUUAUAAAGAAAUUACAGUCUGUUUAAAAAUAUUUGUGGUCAAAAGACUAUUUCUGCAAAUUGUUCCAUGAUGAACAUUAUACUGUGGAAGCAAAGUAUUCUUAUGUUUAUAAGAGUUUCUGUGAACCAAAAUCUUAAGUAGGAAACUGUAUUCUGAAAUUUCUGAAUAAAUUCAUGCAAUUUGAGAGUGUGGUUUUAAAGUUACAGAAAUUAGUUUGUGCCACUGCGAUGUGACUUUCUUUUGUUUGCAUUUUUCUCAUUUGAAUACUGAUGAUUAUUUUGCUGAUUAUUAAAACAUUUAAAGGGUGAUGAAAUUUUGAGAAAUCUUUAUUUUGGGGUAUACUCUUGCUUCUUCUACCUGUUUUGUGUUUUUUUCUGAAUGAAUUUAUACUAUUAAUAUAUGAAGGUGCUGCAGUGGCCUGACAUCUUGGGUUGUGUGAGUCAAUAUGCUAAAUUUCUAUUUUUUAAAAAAAACUAUUUUUAGAUCAGACUGUUUAAGAGAGUAUCAGAGACAAAGUCUGUCUUGCUUUGGGAUAUAGAUGGGGAAAACAGCUCUCUUACCAAGUUACAGAAUAAUAGAUUUUGAAAAACAAAUUAUAUAAAGAGAGAUGUUCUUAAAUUCCUGGGCAAAUUUUUUCUAUAUAUGUGUGUAUCUUGUCUUUGCCAUUCUGAUAUUUAUGCAAAAUCUUCAUUUUUGUUUCUUAAUUUUUACUCCCAAGCAAGAUUACAAAUUUUAUAUAUAAAAGGCACAAUGAUAUAUGAUGGUACCAUGUUUCGCCUAAUGAAGAAAAGGAUUUUUUUUUCUACAGUAGGAAAGUACAUGUUAGAGUAAAAUCCUUGUCUCUAGGAUACGUCAAAUAAAGGACUGUUUAGUUAGUGGUAGAUGAAGAAAGUUCUCUGGAGUAACUAAUGUAUAUUAUGACAAAAAGUUUUUGAAGUCCCAGUGUUUAAUGAAGAAUGAUUUGAGGGACUAUGAUGGUAUUACAAUUCCAUAUUUAGAUUUUUAAUAGCCCAAUCAUAUUUCCGGCUAUAUGGUAGACACUGAACCUGCUGCUACAUUGGUUGCCAUCUUUUUAUAUCUUCAGUUCAUUAAAAUUUAAAAUACGUUCUUGUAUUGCAUGCCUAGUCGUAUCCCUCACAGAACAAACAAGUUUUUUUUUUCAUUACAUAGAACUAGGAAAGACACCAUAUAUUAACAAAUGGCCAUGUGAAUGAGAAAGUCCUUCUUUAGUAUCCUCUGUAACCUGUCUGCCCAUCAUUUUCCAGAGAGCCAGACUACAGCCAAUGUCAUGCACGAAUCCCUCAUUCACUGAACAAUAACAAAUAAAACCAACAGCAGGAAUGAGCCUUGAGCCAUCUGCAUUUGGCUCAGGGAAUAUUGUACAUCAGUAGGAGCAGAUCUAUUUUGUUCUUCCAAGCUGAUGAAGAGACAACCUAGCAAAGGCAAUACUAUCGUUGUUUUCUGCUUUGGUUGGCUAGGGCAGCAAUUGGUUAGGUAGAAGGUUGAGAAACACUUGAGAAGUAAAUCCACUUAGGUCUUCUAGGCAGCAGCUCUUUAAGGUAUAAGACAAACAGCUAGUGAUAAUUGCUUUGAACAUCCUAAUCUUCAUUGUGCCAGUUAAGACCUCUACUGUAUCUCUCUGUGUGCGUCAAUAAGUGGUAUGGAACAGAACAGAAAAACAUUUGAAAGGGACCUUGGAGAUCUUCUAGCCCAACCCCCUACUCAAGCAGGAGACCCUAUACUAUCUUAAACAAAUUGUUAUCCAGUCUCUUCUUAAAUUGCAUAUUAGAUUUUUAAAAAGAAUGGAAAAUUCUGCAAUGACUUUUGAUUGAAAAUUUCAUCCCAAAUUUAUUGUGAGUUGCCUUCUGUUGCUUGUUUAGCCAUUGUAGAAAGCGCGUAUCUUUUGCCGUGCAUAAUUAUACGUUGCUUUCUGUUCUUCUAUCUAUUUCUGUUAGUGAGUGCUCCCUCAUCCAGUGUGACAAUUCAGAACAACUACUGAAACAUGGAAAUACCAGUUUACAAAAAGUGCUGCAACGAAAUGGUAUUUUUCUGUCAAAUAUUACAUCGCUUGAGCAAAUGCGCUGCUCAUGGUGGAGAUCACAUAGGCUGUUACGUGUUUAUAUUUAGUAAAUUUUAAGAAGAAAUGUUUAUAUAUAAGAAAAUGGGCAGCCUCAAGAUGGAAAACCUUAGUUGCCUAACAUUUCUUGUAACAAUGAGAAAUUUAGAUUCUAUGAAAGUUUUUAUACUAUUGAAAUGUUGAGAGAAGAAACAAGUCCAUUCUGACAGUAUUGAUGUAAACUUAAAUUUGAUUAAUUAAAAAAAUACCAUAACCUGCAUGUUAGUCUAGUUUAAGUUAAUAAAUGCAAUUGGAAAACAUUAGUAACGUAAUUUUUUUUAAAAAAGGUUACAGCAUAUUAGCAAAAAAAUAAAAAAAUCACUAUUACAAAGUUAAUCAUAAAAAUAAGACAAUAAUAAAAGUUGCUUUUAUGGUGGCAUUUCUCUAUUCAACAAACAAAAACAUUACGAGAACUACAGUAAAAAAAAAGAGUCUAAAGUGAUUGAUUUUUGUAGAUUGUGAGAGAAGUAAACAGCCAAGUCAGCCUACAUGCACACUUGGGUAGAAGAAUUCAGAUUGAUUUCAAAAAUAAGAGAAUCCUUCUUUAAAAAUUAACCAAAUUUUUAAUAGAUUAAACUGUUGGAAACAACAGAUAUUUUCAGUAUUGCUGAGAUGCAUCUGUCUUAUCCUAGUUAUCUUUAAUAAGUUAGAAAAUAAUAUUGAAUUAAAAAGUGAGCACCAUAGUCUCAAAGGGAUA